CAACGCACAUUUGUGGCGGACAUGUCGGGGCAUAUGUCGGCCUGGAAACCUCUGUAUAGUGCAGUUGUACUGUUGUAGUUUGAACGCUUGCUGGUGACUCAUAUUUACUUGGCAGUCAUGCUUGGGCAUGUCUAGACCUCCGCUGUUGACUAAUAUGUAAUUUGCGUUUAGGAAAAAGGGGGGUCUAGUCUUGACUUGUUUGGCUGCACAUAUAUAAUGUCAGGUUGUACCUAGGAAAUGGUCAUUAGGAGGGCUGGGUUUGGAUCCUGGCGGAAGCACUUUAUUAAGUAGUUGUAAAUAUUAUUUAUUUCAGGUAAUAGUGCAAUAUAAAGAUGUCUGCUUCUAAUGCGAAGAUAGCAGUUGGUGACUUCCUUAGCAGUAGCUCUUCUGACAUUGUAUCAGAGCCGCAGGGUUUGGUGAGACCUAAGCCGUUACUUAUGAAGCUGUUGAAACAGGCAGGGGCUCCAAAAGAUGUUUUUACAAUGAAGGAGGUCAUAUUUUAUCUUGGACAGUACAUAAUGUCCAAGCAGUUGUAUGACAAAAAACAGCAGCAUCUAGUCCAUUGUGCAAACGAUCUUUUGGGAGAACUGUUUGGAGUACAAAGUUUUUCUGUGAAAGAACCAAGGCGAUUGUAUGCAAUGAUUUCCAAAAACUUGCUAGCAGUUACUGUCAAUCAAGAUUCUAUUAAUGUUCACACAGCUGUGAAGGACACAGAAUGCAACCAUGAAAAUGAGACAGAUUUAAAGGAGUCCUCCUGUGAGGAAGGCCCUGUGGCUGUAGCAAUGAGUAGUAGGCCGUCUACUUCUUGUCGAAGAACAUUCAGUGAAACAGAAGAUGCUUCUUCAGAUGAUCAAAGUUCAGACCAUCGUAAACGUCAUAAAUCUGAUAGUAUUUCUGUCACCUUUGAUGAAAGCCUGUCAUGGUAUGUUAUAAGUGGUGGUUGUCGUGAUCGAAGAAGCAGUGAUUCAACAGACACUUAUUCAGAUGCUGGUGGUAAUGCUUCGGCAAGUGAAAACUCUGAUAGCUGGUAUGAUCAGGACUCUGAGUCUGACCAGUUUAGUGUCGAGUUUGAGGUGGAGUCUGUAUACUCUGAAGGAUACAGUAAUAAUGAUGACAUACAGGAGUUCACAGAUGAAGAUGAUGAGGGAUUAUUGGAAGUGCAGCGAAUGUGGAGAAUGCAACCCUCCCCUUCCACGACAUUGUCAUCGUUGCUGGGCCGUAUGCAAGGACUGGCUUCCAGAGGAUAAAACUGUUCAGAAAGCCAGCUUUUCAUCUUCAGCAGAACUAGAACAAGGUAAAGGUAUUGAUGUACCUGACUGCAAGUUAGUUAAGCAGGAAUCACUUCAGGAAUCCAGUAAUGAGGAUGAUAAUUUUACACAGUCUUCAGAAUCUCAAGAAACUAUAUGUUCGCAGCCAUCUACAUCUAGUAGCAUUUACAGUAGCCAAGAGGAUCUCAAAGAAAUUGAUGGAGAAGAAGCAAAAGACAAGGAUGAAUGUUCGGAGACCAGUUUGCCUUUAACUAGCAUAGAACCGUGCGUUAUUUGUCAGAGUAGACCCAAAAAUGGUUGUAUUGUUCAUGGCAGGACAGGUCAUCUUAUGGCGUGCUUUACAUGUGCGAAAAAACUGAAAAAACGCAAUAAGCCGUGCCCUGUUUGCAGGCAGCCAAUCCAAAUGGUCGUUUAUACCUAUUUUAGUUGAAAGAAGGAAAACUCUUCAGGAUAAGAGGUUAUGACAUUUGCUUUACAAUGUUCCUGUCCACAUCCGUAAAACCAUUAUAGGAUGAUGAUUCUACUUUUGUGGAGAAAAGAAUUUAUUUGCAUCCUUAAUGUCAUUGAAGUAAACUAUUUCCUUUGCUAAAGCAGCUUCUGAAGAGCAGUCUUCCUUGAGAGCUAAUAAGGCAGAUAUCUGGGUUUUUUUUCUCCCCUUCACAAUUUAUAUAUUUUUUAUUGUUCGUCAACUACCUCCAGAAGUCCAUUUUCUGGAAAUGUGCAAUAUGGCACAGGGACAGCAUGCAAUUGACAAGAUUGUCAUAAUUGGAAACCGUACCAUCAUUUUAUGCAGUUUCUUAAUUCUGUUAAGGAUGCUUUUGGCCACAUUGAUAUUAUUUUGUGUCUGUAUCCCAUUUCCCAAUACAACUGCAGAGGUCGUGUGUGUCCCAUAAAAGAAUUGCUCUAUAAUCCACUGCUGCCAUGCCAAUUUAUUGAUGGAAUUUUAAACCAGUGUUUCAAGAAGUGAAACACUCAAAACGUGAUUUCAGUGUACUCUAGUGGAAGGAAUUAAAAUUUGCAGCUUUU